CUUGCAAACUGUUUCACUUAUCGUCAGGAGAUGAUCAACAGAGGAACCCGUGGCUGCUGUCCACAACACAAGGCACGCGUAAAGGUCAACCGAGGCAAGUUUCCCUCACAACCUGCUUCAUCGCUUGGACAUCCUCAUCCAUUCAUUUUAGCCAACCCAUCGAGACUAGAAACUUCAUCUACAAUAACCCACCCAUUCGCAUCCCACGAAUGCAGGCUGUGCAUGGCAGAGGCCACGGCGUUGGCUCUUAGUGCAGACGAUUACUUCUUGCCAUCUGCUGUUCGUGAAGAGUUACCGCACGUGCAGAGUCGCAUCUGGCAAGGUCUCGAACCCCGGGAAAAGUGGUGCGCCAUGUGGGUGGACAUGAUCAAGAAAUUUACCGAGCUUUAUGGAGCAAGGAAUCCUCUUAUCGGCUCCUUGGGAGCUUCUGGGUGGGCAAAUUACCUUGACGGGUGGUGUCUCGAGGACAGUCUUUCCAUUUUAUCGUCCAAGUCAUCAGGAAAGACACAACUCAGCGCCGCUUUGUAUGAUUGUCCAGCGGAAGAGUUUCCUUACUACUGGAGAUCAAUCACCGGGGCAGCUCUCCCGUACGCUGUCGCCAUUUUCAAGCAAACUCGCGGCACCGAACUGCCAUAUCGCCUAUGGAUGCCGUAUGUUCAGGACGUGACCGCUUUGAUCAAUCUCUUCAACGACGUUCUUUCCUAUACCAAGGAGCUGCUACGAGAUGAGCAGGCAAACUAUGCGACCUUGACAACUCGGACAAAACGAAGCGCGGGCUUCAGGUCUCGUUUUCGGAGUGGUGGAAGUCUGUAG